AUGGAAGACUGGCAACGUUAUCGACCUCAACAUGAGUUGCCUGCUGAUGUGCAGACAUUACCAAGAGAUGAAACUGUUUGUAAAUUUUGCGGAGUCAGCUAUCUGAUUCACAACGAGAUUAAGAAGCUUGAAGAGAAAGUUCAGUUUCUUGAGAGGCAGCUGCAACAUUAUGAGGGGUAUGAUAGAAGAGAAGAAGAACUCAAGAAGAAACUAGAAGACACGCUGAAUGAAAAAGGUGAAGCAGGACUCAAACUGGAGAAGGAGCGCACACGGCACCUUAGAACUAGCAGUGAGCUGAAAGAACAACAACAAAUAGUUGAAGAACUUGUGACUAGUAAAAAGGUACUGCAGAGCCAAAUAGUUGACAUUGAAGGAGAAAACAUUAAACGGAGGGAAAAGAUUUUGUGUCUGACUCUUUGCCUUUCUGGUCUUAAAGAAAAGGUUCAGCUGUGCAGAGAGGCUUUGCUCUUUGCUAGACAGUUGUUUGCUGAUCAGAGUAAGGCAACAUCAGACUAUGUUGUUCAUGCGAGAGAAGAAAUGAAGAGAUUGAUCAGCAGACUAAGUGCAAAGAUGAUUGAACUUUCAGUUGCUAGAGAAGAUGCUAUGGCUACAGUUACUAAGAGAGAAGAUGAACUGAAAGAAACUAAUAUCAAAUUGCUGCAUUCUAGUACCACUUUGUCUAAUCUGGAAAAAGACAAGAAAAAGUUAUCGGAUCAUUUGAGAUUAACUGAACAACGUUGUGAGGAGUUACUGGAGGCAAAGCAGAAAUUGCAGACUGAAGCAAAGGAAUACCAGAUAACAAUGACAUCUCUGGGGCAGGAAGUAGAGAGACUUCAAACGCAACUUCAACGAAUAGAAGAAGUGACAAGUUGUGACAAAGAAAGGUUUGUUGGCAAAGUAAAGAAAUUGGAGACAUCUGUGGAAACAAUGAAUAGUAAAUGUUCUUCCUUGGAAGAGCAAGUGAGAGAACAUCAGGUUCUAGUACAGACAUGGAAAGCUAAGAACAUGACAAUUGAAGGAGAAGCCACAUCUUUGAAGUCUUCACUGACUGAAGCACAAAACAACCUGAAAAUAGCAAGAGAAGAAAAUGAGAAACUUAUAGGAGCGCAUCACGCUCGUUUGGAACAACUGAGAGAAAGCUAUCAGGAAAAACGUCAUGCCGUCGAGGAACUGUACCGACAGCAAGAAGAGAAGCUCGAUUUAGAAGGUAGAAAGAACAGAGAAGAGUGUCAUAAACUGAGAAACAAAUUGCGAGAAGCUAAUGAGGUGAUGUUGAAGGAGGCGGAGAGAAAGAAAAUUAUUCAAACGUCUUCUCGACUGUUACAAAGUCAAAAUGAUGAGCUGAGUGAGCAACUGACCUUGAUGAAAAGUGACCAUUCACGAGUAAUUCAACAGUUGCGAGGUGAAAUUGCAAAGGAAAAGGCGACGAGCGAGGCAGCAUUAGGCAAUCAUAUUUCGGAAACACGUCAUUUGCGGUCUCAACUGUUGAACUUGCAACAGCAGUUGGAAGUUUCACUGACCGAAAACGAAGGGAUGGUCAAGUGUUUGGCGGCGUUGGAGAAAAAACACGGAAGACCUGCAGAUACGUCGUUAAGAACCCAAGAACUUCGAGCAACACUAGAAAAAGCUAGUGAAGAGAUAAAGUUUCUUAGAAGUACUGUACAAAGUGAGUGUGAAGAACGCAUCAGACUUACUGAAGCUUUGGAAGCUGCACGGUUGCAGUUGCAUGAAGUGCAACGGAGAAACCUGGCGAGCACAUCGUCCUUGUCAAGUCAUUCUGUUUCCACAACAGGACAAGUGACUAGGAAACAGAGCACGGCGAGUACGGGAGGCAGAACGGGUUCGGCACAACUCGAUGUAAAUAGAAGGCGAAUUGAAGCUGCUAUGGGCAGGAGCUCUCGCACUGGGAAGUGUUAACCUAGUGCACUAAAUGAGUUACGUAUAUCUUUCAUUAAUUAGGAAGCUGUCAAACACAGCACUUCAAAGACAGGAAGGUAUAGACAUGAUGAUACACAUACAUUAAUACAUGUUUGGAAAUAGACAGAGACCGCGUAAUUUGCAUGAAAGCGGUGAAGUGAAUGGUGAAGUGUGUCACUUCAAAUACAGAAAGAGAUGUGCUUGUCGACGAAUCGUACAACACCUCAGAACACAGAGAAUGAAGAUGCGAACAGAAGAGAUGACGAGAUGGUGUACUCAACGCAUGGCGUGAAACUGGCGUGACAGUGGAGGUGGGCUGUAGACUUCCACUCUUGGCAAGUAGCACAUGCUUUGCUGUCACGUUACUGUACGCCUGACAGUCCUCCUGGGAGGAAGAUGGUUCGGUUUGUAGGAACAAGAGGCGCUAUUCUGCGCAUCAUCCUGAGGACCUUUGCAGCGGUUAGUACAGUGUAUACAAUCUUUACCGAAUACAUGAUUUAGUAAUGCAAGAGCGCUCCCACGGUAUCAUGGUGUUUGUACAUGUAGUGUUGGGCAUAGUCGUCGUGAGAACGUCACCAUAUAGGACUGGACUUUACCCAAAGGAAAUGGAUAAAACGACGGUUUUCACGGCCGAUUUUUUAGAGUGAACGCUAUUUGGCUGUCGAGUUGUUUUUGAGAUUGAUUUCAUUUGACACGUUUCCUAUCUUAAUUAGUAGUAGUCGAGGUGUAAGGUGAAUUUAGGGGGUUGGUUUUAAUUAAUUGACUAACGAUCUUUUCAGUAUUAUACACGUCUGCUUAUUGUUUCAGCUGUUUGCGAUCAUCGUCUUUAGUACGACUGCUGAUCAAGUAGAAACGAGAUAUUUUGGCUUCAAUGUGUGCUUGCUCGGUCUCCACAGCGAUUCUGAUAACAAACAAGGAGAUGCCAACGCUUGCAACUAUGCAAUUGCCAUUGGAAUUAUGGCUUUUUUGAUUGCUGCUGCGUUUAUUUGUCUGGACUCGUUGCUGUAUCUUGUUAAUAUUGGAAAUGAUCGCAUACAGUU